AUGAGCUCUAUUUCUGAUUACAAGGUUGCCUCUAUGGCGCUGGGGUUUUCCCUUGGUUUCGGGUUCUUGACUGUCUGGCAGGCUAUCAAACAGACCAAGCGUAAUCGGAAUCCCCUGCGAAGUGCGUAUAUCUACAUGAUCUGGGGAGAAAUUGCAGCGAACCUUGGACUCGGGAUACUUGGCUACUUGUUCCUCAAUGGAGUAAUCCAGCCUGGUAUCCCCAUCUUCUUCUUCAUUCUCUUCUUCUGGGUAUUUGAGAUCCAGCUGUUGAUGCAAAUUAUCAUCAACCGAAUCAGCAUUAUCGCUGAGUCACAACGGACAAUCCAAAAGUUGAAAUGGGGCACCGCAUUUGCCGUAACGUGCAUCAACAUUGCUGUCUUUUGCAUCUUCAUCCCGUCGCACAUAGACCCUCCUGUUAGCCAAGGUUUUGUUACCGUCAACAAGUACUGGGAUAGAACCUCAAAGAUUCUUAUUUGUAUAAUUGAUGCUGGUCUUAACUGGUACUUCCUUCGCAUCGUUCAACAAAGACUUGUAAAGGAGAGUCGCCUUACAAAGUAUCAACCGCUAGUCUCUUUCAAUGCAAAAUUGAUGAUUGUGUCGAUUGCUAUGGACAUCCUUCUUAUAGGCCUUAUGUCGCUGCCCAACCAGACUGUCUUCAUUCAGUUCCACCCCGUCGUUUACCUGGUCAAGCUCAAUAUUGAGAUGUCAAUGGCUGAUCUAAUUACACAACUUGCCCGGCAAAAGAUGACCGACGAAUUAUACCCCUCCAUGUCACAUUCUGCGACCCCUAAAGCCCAUACCCAUCACGAUAUCGAAGAUGGCCCAGACGAGAACACUCCAGGCUUUGGUGGAUCAAUACAGAUGACACACAGGUCCAAAGCUGCGUCUACCUCGGAAGAGUCGUUGGACGGUAUAUCUGAAGUUUCAGAACCUUCUUACAAGGGCAUCCAUCGACGAAUUGAAGUCAAGAUCGAGUCAGGCCCAGGUGACCAGAAUCAGGGGGUAAUUAAGGGAGCCGUAUUCGGCCCAGUAGAGGUUGAUUUACAGAACGAGAGCCGCCCAAAGAGGAGUCACUACAAGCAGAUAGAGCGUGGACAAGGUAAAGCUUAA